CAUUUUUUUUUUAUCAAAACCCUAUUCUUCACUUCCUUCUGCCGCGCCCAAAGUCACACAUAAAGCACCAACUACAUCCUUCUUCUUCUUGUUCGUUUAUAUCUCUGAUACAAGAAGAAGAUGCAAUCCAUUUCUAUGGAAGUUGAAGAGGCUGGUCCUAGUAAAGAAGUCAAAGUUAUAGUCAAGCCUAACUUUAAGCCUUUGACAGCUCAUGAGAUAUCUGAUGGGCAAGUUCAGUUUCGUAAAGUUUCUGUUCCGAAACAUAGGUAUACGCCACUAAAGAAAGCAUGGAUGGAUAUAUACACUCCCAUAUACGAUAACAUGAACAUCGACAUUCGGAUGAAUGUCAAGACCCGAAAUGUUGAAAUGAUGACCAGACGGGACACUCCCGAUAUCAGUCACCUCCAAAAAUGUGCUGAUUUUGUACAUGCAUUCAUGCUUGGUUUUGAUGUGGUGGAUGCGGUUGCCUUGCUGAGAAUGGAUGAACUGUAUGUUGACUCUUUCGAGAUCAAGGAUGUGAAGACCCUCAGGGGAGAGCAUCUUUCGCGAGCCAUUGGAAGGCUCUCGGGAAAAGGAGGGAAAACCAAGUUUGCGAUUGAGAAUUCUACCAAGACCAGAAUUGUUAUUGCAGACACAAAGAUUCACAUUUUGGGAUCGUUUGCUAAUAUCAAGAUUGCCAGAGAUUCCUUGUGCAGCCUUAUCUUGGGUUCCCCUGCUGGCAAGGUGUAUUCUAAACUCAGAUCUGUAACGGCAAGACUGGCUGAAAGGUUUUGAGUUCUUUUGUUUUGAUAAAUUCGAAUUGGAAGAGAUCAGUUUUGAGUUUGUUAGGGAGUUUUGAUUAUUGAAUUUAAUUAAUGUAUUAAACCUCUACUAUAUUUAUGAUUUUUUGACUUCUGUUUUAUUAUCAUGUAUUUAUUCAUAUGGA